GUUCUGGAUUUGGGGCGAGGAAGGUCUGCGAGCGCUUGACACCCGACUGAAGAAGAAUCAGGAGACACAUUCGUGAGGGCUGGCUUGCAGAGCAGCUGAUGUACGACUGCGCUGCAGGGGUUUGACACAUCAGAGGAAGUAAAGUGAAGGCUUUUUGACAGCUCAGAAACCUUUUUUAUCAAGGCAUCAAAGCGAGGUCAAGAACUGUGUACAGUGUGUUACGUGUGUGACACUCUGCCUUCUCUCUGUGUGUUGUGGUUUCCUUGCCCCCACAGCGUGUCACUGACUAAAGUGUUACCUCAGGAAAUCGCCGCCUCACCAACUGAGAUAUGAUCACACAAUUGGAUUAGACCACAGCUGCACAGCAACAAACAUAGAGUCGAGUGAGGAGUGUAAUGGCCUGAGGGGGGUCCCCCCGGUCCUACCUGCCCCUGCCAGGUCCAAUCUGCCUAAACUGUCUGCUCAGUCACUGCAACCCACCAACACGAUGGGAGACGGACUGGAGGCAGGCAGCAGCCAGAACCCCCCCUCUGCCCCGCCCCCUCUCCUCUUCAACCCUCCGCCACCCGAAACAUGGAACCCCUCCAAACCCAAACGACAGACCAACCAGCUACAGUACCUGCUUAAAGAGGUGUUGAAGGCAUUAUGGAAACAUCACUUUGCAUGGCCCUUCCAAGCUCCUGUAGAUGCCAUCAAACUCAAUUUGCCUGACUACUAUAAGAUAAUCAAGACCCCUAUGGACAUGGGCACGAUAAAAAAACGGCUGGAAAACAACUACUACUGGAAUGCCCAGGAGUGUAUCCAAGACUUCAACACAAUGUUCACAAACUGCUACAUCUACAACAAGCCUGGGGAUGAUAUUGUUCUAAUGGCGGAGGCGUUGGAGAAGCACUUUCUCCAGAAGAUCACAGAGAUGCCGCAGGAAGAGACCGAGAUUGCUGUGGUCAGUAAGGGACGCCGAGGCAGCAGACGGGAGCCAGCUCUGAUCAGCAAGUCGGAUUCAGGCCAGGACUCAUCGUCCCCCUCCACCACCCCACACACAAGAGGCUUCUCGUCCCCUUCAAUCAAUCCACAGACCCGUGCUGCACCCACCCCUCAAGGCCCUCCCAUCCUGGCUCUGGCCCAGCCUCUCACCCAGCCUCUCACCCAACCUCUCACCCAACCUCUGGUCAUGCCUCUGGCCCAGCCUCAGCCCCCACGCGUGCCUCCUACACCCACCUCCCACGCACCCCAUCUGGGACCUCCAUUUCCCCUCUCGACACCUGACGUUCUGGCCCAGGGCAUGACCUCUGUUCCCCCUCCAGUCCCAACAAUCCCAGGCCUCCAUCCUGCACCAAUGCUGCAGAGCUCCCCUGCCCUCAUCAAGCAAAGGAAGAGCCAGAAGAGGAAAGCAGACACCACCACACCCACAGCCAACGACCAGCUCAGUGAAUCACCUCCUGUCUCUGCUGAGACUCGGCCGCGCCGAGAGAGCAGUCGGCCAUCUAAACAACCCAAAAAAGACGCAUUGCAGCCAGACUCUCAGCACCACCUGGGAGGCGGUUUGGAGACGGGAGGGACAGUUACGCAGAAGCGGCAGGAUCAGUUGCGUUUCUGCGCACGCCUAGUCAGAGAGAUGCUGUCCAAGAAACAUGUAGCAUAUGCCUGGCCCUUCUACAAGCCUGUUGAUGUAAAAGCUCUUGGCCUCCACGACUACCACGACAUCAUCAAGCACCCCAUGGAUCUCAGCAGCAUCAAGAAAAAGCUGGACAACAGACAGUACAGAGACGCUCAAGAAUUUGCAGCAGACGUCCGGUUGAUGUUCUCCAACUGUUACAAGUACAAUCCCCCAGACCACGAUGUGGUUGGCAUGGCACGCAAACUGCAGGACGUGUUUGAGAUGCGUUUUGCCAAAAUGCCUGAUGAGCCUGAGGAGCCCGCCCCUGUUCCCACCCCAUCAUCGGCCCUCCACCCUGCCCCCUCCACUCGACAAGCCCUGCCUCCUUCUGCUGUCUCAGAAGACGAAAGCUCCAGUUCCUCCGAAUCGGAGUCCUCCGGAGGAGACUCAGAACAAGAAAGGAAACAGCGAUUGGCUGAGUUACAGGAACAGCUAAAAGCUGUCCAUGAACAGUUAGCAGCACUCUCCCAGCCCCAAGCCAGCAAGCCCAAGAAGAAAGAGAGGGAGAGGGAGAAGGAGAAGGAGAAGGAAAAGGAAAAGGAAAAGGAGAAGAAGGAGAAGGAGAAAGAGAAGAAGAAAGAAAAGCACAAGAAGAAGAUGGGAGCAGAGGAACUUGUGGAGACCCCUCCUGCUAUGGUGCUUCAAACUUCUAAGAAAAACAAGAGCAGCAAGGAGCUAAUCAUUGCAAAGAAGGACAGGAAAAAGCCUGGUAAGAAAGAAGGAGUUAAAAAUAGCCGCCCAGCUGUGCCACCUCAGCCUGGGCCAACCCCUCUGGUCCCCUCGGCCUCUCUUGAAGCAGAGGAUGACAUGGAUGUAUUUGGGGGUGGGUCCACUGACAGGGGCAAGCCGAUGUCGUACGAGGAGAAGCGCCAGCUGAGCCUGGACAUCAACAAGUUGCCCGGGGACAAACUGGGCCGCGUCGUGCAUAUAAUUCAAACGCGCGAGCCUUCGCUGAAGAACUCCAAUCCAGAUGAGAUCGAGAUUGACUUUGAGACUCUGAAGCCCUCCACGCUGAGAGAGUUGGAGAAAUACGUCUCCAGCUGCCUCAAGAAGAAGAAAAAGCCGUCAGUAGAGAAGUCUCUGGAAACAACUGUGACAAAGAUGAAGACAGGAUCCUCAUCUUCAGAUAGCAGCGACUCCUCUGAUAGUGAAGACUCUGAGAAUGGGCUGGUUCCCAAACAGCAGAAGAAGACCUCAUCUAACAAAGACACCAAGAGACCGCACCAGUCCCUCAGUAGCGUAGCGGGCCCAGUCGCUCCUCAGCCUCAGAUUCAGCCUCAGAUUCAGCCUCAAGUGGUCCAGUCCAAACCACCAUUUGUACCCCCUCCCCCUGUCCACGUCUCUGUCCAGUCUCUGGACUCCUCCCAGCUUUUGAGCUCUGGAUUUGAUCCUCUGGCUCAGUUCAUGAACCCUCACUUGACACAGUCGAACACAGAGCCCAAUCCAACCAUUACUACUGCCGGUGCCCCCAUUGUGUCUGGUCUCCUCAAUGCAAACGCACCCACUGGACAGACGCCCACUGAGACGCACCCUUUCCUAAACCAACAUCCCAUCCUACCUUCACCAGCGAUCCACAAUGCUCUUCCCCAGCAACCAUCACGACCUAGCAACAGAGCAGCACCACUUCCUCCAAAAAUCACACAGCCUCCCCCGUCCUCACUCCCCUCCCUGCCUCCAGCCUCCUCGCCUCAGCUUCAGCCCUCGCUUCCACUAACUCUCCCCCAACCUGUCUCCCGCCCACGCGUACCUUCACCUCCAUCGCACGGCAUUUUGGGUACUCUCUCAGCGCAACCCCCUCAAGCCCUCCUGGAGGACGACGAAGAGCCGACACCUACCAGUUCCGAAAUCAAUUCCCUCAGUCAAGUUCAUAGCUUCUUGCAGUCGCUCCAGGUUCGACCCACCACACAGCCGCAGCCGCUACACGCGCAUACACAUUCGCCUGCGCAGGUCGCCUCUCAACUGGUGCCCUCGAUGCAUACGCAGGCUGUGACUACGCCCACCCCUCCCCUGACCCAGAGACACAGCUCAGGCCACGCACAUAUGCGGCAGCCGUUCCCACAAACGCACACGUCGGUGUCACAGCAGCAGAAGGGGGUGGCCCUGCAGCAGAAAGUACAACAGAUGCAACAACAUCAACAACAGCCAUCACCACGCAGCAAAGCAGAGCCCUUCUCAGCAGGUUGCAUGCGUGAGAGUCCUUCUCCCCUGAUGAUGCAUUCUCCUCAGAUGCCUCAGUUCCAUACAAUGGGACAGCAGUCACCGUCACAGACCAAGAAACAUGAGCAGAGGUCCAACCUGGUGGGGGUCAAAGAAGAGAAGCCUUCCCAGUCCCCAGUUCUGCCGCCCUCACCCUUCAGCCCUGCCAUGCGUCAAGACUCACAUAAACCUGACAUCAAACACAGUGAGUACAAGAGAUUAGAUCUGAAGUCACUGGAUGGUUCUCGGCCCAUUUCCCGCCUCCCAGACUCCCCAGCACCCCCCUGCUCUCAGCAAGACAACAAAAUAAAGCAAGAGCCCAAAACUCCUAUUGCUCCUAAGAAGACACAGGAUGUGAAGUUAAAGAACAUGGGUUCUUGGGCCAGCCUGGCUCAGAGGUCCCAGUCCACACCGGCCUCCUCCGUGCGCUCCUCCAGCGACAGCUUCGAACAGUUCAGACGGGCCGCCAGGGAGAAGGAGGAGAGAGAGAGACAGCUGAAAGCACAGGCCGAACAGGCCAGGAGAGAGCAAGAAAAACUACGCCGUGACGACGAGGACACCAUUGAGCAGGCUCGUCGAGCGCACGAAGAUGCCCGCCGUCGCCAGGAGCAACAGUCACCGCUUGCUCCAACACCACCGGCUUCCACCCCGCCCACUCACUCCCCACAGGCCCCAGAACACUCCCGACCAGCAGAGGGAGAUGGCACGCCGCCGUGAGCAGGAGAGGCGCAGGAGAGAGGCGAUGGCUGACACCAUUGACAUCAACUUCCAGAGCGACCUGAUGGCCAUCUUCGAAGAGAAUCUGUUCUGAGAGGGGAAAAGCAGAUGAUAGGAGUGAGAGAAGGACCUAGAGACACACAUAAGCAAAUUUACAAACAUGCAUAUAUAAAACACAAUGCUCUGAUACACAUGGUCGCUGCUCACACAAAUGCACACACACAGACACAUACACAAACUUGAUAGUAACUGUCCCUUUCUCUCAGUAGUUGAAACAGCUGGCUUGUGUCAUGUGAAUGAGAGGGGGGGAAGUGAAAUUGAAAUAAGCAACCCUCUUUUCCUCCAACCUCAGAUACGUUUUGGUGUCUGGCUUGGUGUUUAUGGUUGUUGGUUCCGAGUCUUCAAGGUCGAAAACGGACAGUGAAAUAAUAGGAUAGUUGGCUCCCUCAAGGAAAACAAGAAAGACAGAAUGAAAAGGAGGGGACAGAACUUUUACAUUUAAAAAAAAUAAAUAAUAAUGGUGGUGAAGAGGAGGAUUUAAUUUAAGAAAUUAAGUAAAAAAACUUUUUCUCUAAUGUCUUGAGAGGAGAGAAGAGGAUUUAAAAGGAACGGGUGAACAAAUUACAAACAGACAGAUCACUUUGUUUUUGGUUUUUCCUCUCUUCUAAUCUCGUUUCUCGUUUUUUUUUUAUUUUAUUAUUUUAAGUUGGACUUUAACUGGGGUGGGCUGGUGUGAUCUAGUUUGUCAGGUUCAGCGGUCAUCUGAGAGUCGGUUGUUUUCUCAGGACACAGUGGGAACGCAACACCCCCGGCCACAUUCACACACUUUUCUAAGACAUCUUUCCUCCCUUCACUUCCUUCUAAUUCUCUCUCCUCGGUCACUAAUUGGAGAGGCGGAGGCUUCAGGUGAUGCUCAGUGUGUGCGCUGAACAUCCGAUGGCGACGAGGAAGGAACGAUGGCAUUUUAAAAGUUUCAGAGUGUGUCCUUUGCCUUAGCGCUCUGGCCUGUAAACUAACAAUCAUACCCUACAAAUUAUACAUAUUAUAUAUAUAAAUAGAUACAUGAAUAUAUAUUAUAUACGACGAAAAGUCAAUGAAAAAGAACAUGAGAGGAAUUUGGAUUUCGGGGAGCUAAGCUCGUCUCUGUGUUCAUCUCUGAGCUCUGGUUUUGAUUUUGUAGAAUUUACUGUAAAGAAGAAAAAAAAACUUUUUUAUGAUUCUAUUGAGAGGAUUGUUUCGUCUGUCUUAUUCUCUCUCAUACCUUUUUGUUUGUUUUUUUUCUCAACUCUAUGCCAAAACCAAUCUAUUGAGUGCUGAAAGUUCAUUCACAUUUUCUACAUGUAAAAUGCAUCAUCUUUUCACUUUAUAUUAAAGGCUAAGUUUUUAUUGCUAUUUAAUUUUCUUUUACCCCCUUUUAAAUUCAAAGUUAUGCAGCAGUUUGCUCUGUAAUAGUCAAAAAGCGGUUCCAAACUCACUAUGUCACUACUUUACAAGGCCCCAUCAUUCUGUAGCUGUUCAACAUCUGCACUUAACUCUUUCAUUACUUACAUCUUCUCUUUUUAAAUAUUUCCUUUCAUCAUGUACAUGUUUUUAGUCUUUCUUAGCCAUCUCGUCCACCACUAUCUUCCUCACAGCUUCUUCAGUCUGUAUAAUAGGUUCUUGUUUGUCAUCUUUAUGUCUUUUAGUUUUUAUUUUUAAAAUGUUUUCAUCGUCCAUGGUAACUGUUUUGGGAUGUCGUGUGCCAUUGUGUUUUUCUGGAGGCGGGAGGUUUUCCGGGUUUCCUUAGGUUGGCCCAGAGAUCUGUGAGUGUUUUCAAUUCUAUAAUCACUUUUUUUUUAAUGUUUCAUUCAUUUCUUUUCCCUUUUCAUAUUUGAUUGUUUUGAGUUUAUUUUGUUUUCCCUUUGCUAUUUUUCUCUGAUUUAUUUUAGCCAGAACAACCUGUUGGUAUGUUGGUGAGUGAGGCAUUGAGGUCAAUAGAUUCAUCUUGUUCAGAUUAUGGAGUACAACAUCUUUUUUAAGAAAAGUAUUAAAAUAAUAUUUAAAAAAAA